GAAAAGAAAAAAAUACUGCCUGACCUGCCCCCCAUUCUACCUAUCCCAUCGCAUCAAAUUCACGAUGGGGUUUUUUAUUAGUAUCCGUAGCUGUGGUAGUGAUAAUGGUAGGAAAAGUAGUAAACCCAUCAGCUUUCCAUUUCCCAUUCCCCAUUCCCAUUCGCAUACCCAUUUGAUUUUUCUCUCUCGUCUUUUCAUGCACUCUUUAUGAUAUCUUUUCUUGGAUUGUGCUCGAGCGCCAUUUAUGUCAUUUGUCCUCUCAUCAACCCAUUCAAACACCAUCUCCAGUCAACACCUCUCGGCAUCCUCCUACCCGUAAAGCAUUCGAGAUAGACCAGUAUCCCGCGAUUUUAAUCAACCAAGGAAGGGGCGAGUAACUACUUUCUAAGACUUCGUAGCACCAGAAACCUCACUUCACCACGUCUAGUACUUCGUGAGGAUCACAGGCUUGCCUUCCGUCUCGUGCCAGACAACCCCGCAUUUGAACUCAAUUGCACAGCACAUAGAUUACAGUCCACCUCAUCGAUCCGUCUCUUCCAUCCCACACGUCCCACCCACCCAACCGAGGGACCUUUAAACCCCAGGCCAGGACCAACAGGAACCAAGAGCUCGGCACCAUCAGAGAAGAGCUUGCACAACAAAACCCAUCAUAAACCAUCUUAUCUCUCUUUUGCUUCAACACGGAAAAAUCACGACACGGUAACAAAAUCUUCCAUCUGCAGCAUCGAGUACGGUUGCUCGUCGUCGUCGCUCCGUCCUUGACUCGUUCCGAUUCUCCUCAUUCGAUAGGGCUGGCGAGCUGCAUGCAAGUCGAUUCCCUGCCCCGCACCAGUCUCAACACCACCACCCGCGCCCUAGCUCUCCACUUUGGCACAUCGUUAUCAGCGAUAGAGGGCGAUACAGCAUAACUGUUAUUUCUGCUUGAGUUCCAAGUUUGCUGUACCGGAAAGCUACAAGUAAGUUUUGAACACAUUCCUUUUCCUGUCUCCCAAGUCUUUGGUCGCACCAUUCGAUCAAGUGUCAGAGGCCUUGGCGAUGGUGCAACGCCAGCUCUUUGCAAACAAAGGUCCGGCGAGUGUUCCCUCGGCGUAAUGGGUCAACUUGGCAUGUGCCAGAGAAGUUCGAGAUUCCCGUCCAGUCGCUUUGUUCUGGUUCCAAAUCAAGCUAAGAACGAGCCGCCCAUAACUCCACACUGGACCCCGCCAAUAAACUUUGGGUGGGGGGAAGCUCCAUCAACAAAACUUAAUCAUUUGGUCCUGAGCUCGACAUGUUCUUCCAAGCUUCUGAUUUUCUUUCUGGUCCUACCUUCUGUCAGAAGGGAAGCUGACAUUGUCCCUUUUCUGGCUUCUAGCUGUCAAGCUAUUUGACUUGAACAACGUUCACCAGUUUCAAUUCGUUCCAAUUUUCCCUUCCCAAUGUCGACCUCCAACUCGAUCAAGCAGGCUGCCGAAGCUGCACGCAACAAAACAUCCGAAGCAAUGGGAGCCUCCAAACAAUAUGCAGAGUCUGCGAGGGCAGAUACAAUGGGCGCCAGAAAUGACUUCUUACAUUCACCCUUCAUGCGAGGAGCGCUUCCUUAUAUCAACGGAGGCGCCGCCGGAAUGGUAGCAACCGGCAUAAUCCAACCAAUCGACAUGAUUAAAGUACGACUGCAACUGGCUGGUGCAGGAGCAAAAACAGGCCCCAAACCGUCACCUCUAUCCGUCACUAAAGAAAUCAUAGCUGCCGGAAGGGUGAUGGACUUGUACACAGGCCUAUCCGCAGGACUCUUGAGACAAGCAUUAUAUACGACUGCACGCCUGGGAUUUUUUGAAACUUUUAUGAGAUCUUUUGCAGUGCGAGCAAAGGCCCAGGGUACAGAAGUUGCCUUUAAGGAGCGCGCUGCUUCAGGCAUAAUGGCAGGUGCAAUCGCAGCCAUGAUAGGAAAUCCAGCAGAUCUAGCUCUCAUCCGCAUGCAAUCGGAUGGAUUGAAAUCCGCUGCGCAGAGAAAGAACUAUUCCUCGGUCAUUCAUGCUUUGAGAGAUAUUGCAAAAUCGGAGGGUGUGGUGGCACUAUGGGCCGGUGCUGCACCAACAGUCGUCAGAGCCAUGGCUCUGAACUUUGGCCAAUUGGCCUUUUUCUCAGAAGCAAAAGAGAGACUGGAGAGGGGCACCAAUUUGAGCAAAACAUCACGAACAAUGGCUGCAAGCGCUGUGGCCGGUUUCUUCGCCAGUUUCUUUAGUUUGCCAUUUGAUUUUGUCAAGACCAGGUUGCAAAAGCAACAGCGUGCUGCAGAUGGCACGCUACCAUAUAAAGGCAUGGCAGAUUGCUUCAAAAAGGUCGCCAAGGAGGAGGGUAUGCUCAGAUUUUAUAGAGGAUUCAGCACGUACUACAUGAGAAUCGCUCCCCAUGCGUAAGUCCCCAUUCUUCCAAAAAUCAUGAAGGAACAUCAAACUGAUUCUCGAAUGCAGUAUGAUCACUUUGAUCGUCGCAGAUUACCUUGGAUUUAUCACAAAGUGAAUCGAUUCCUAGGUUUGAUGAGGGACCAUGUAGAAUACAGGUAGUGAAACGGGUAGCGUAAUUGAGAUGAAGUAGAUAUGGAUGGCGUAGGAGGUUCGGGCAAAUGCCGAUAUUCUUGUAUGUAUCUUUUUGCGGAUGAAGCGUUUUGGUCGAUGCGCCGUGGAUUGGGAUCCUUUGGUUUAGCG